AUGCCUUUCAAGGUACCUCACACUUAGGACAAGGCACCUCACACUGAGGACAAGGUUCCUCACGCUGAGAACAAGGUUUCUCAAGCUGAGGACAAGGUACCUCACACUGAGGACAAGGUACCUCACACUGAGGACAAGGCUCCUCACGCUGAGGACAAGGUUGCUCCCGCUGAGGACAAGCUUCCUCACGCUGCGGACAAGGUCAUAACGCAGAGGACAAGGCCCUCAAGGUGAGGACAAGGUUCUUCACGCUGAGGACAAGGUACCUCACACUGCGGACAAGGUACGUCACACUGAGGACAAGGUUCCUUACGCUGAGGACAAGGUUCCUCAAGCUGCGGACAAGAUACCUCACAUUGAGGACAAGGUACCUCCCACUGAGCACAAGGUCCUUCACGCCCAGGACAAGGUUCGUCACGCUGAGGACAAGGUUCCUGACGCUGAAGACAAGGUUCCUCACGCUGAGCACAAGGUACCUCACACUGAGGACAAGGUCCCUCAAUCUGAGAAAAAUGUCCCUCACACUGAGAACAAGGUACCUCCCACUGAGGACAGGGUUUCUCACGCCCAGGACAAGGUUCCUCACACUGAGGACAAGGUUCCUCACGCUGAGGACAAGGUUCCUCACGCUGAGAACAAGGUUCCUCAAGCUGAGGACAAGUUUCAUCACGAUGAGGACAAGGUACCCAACACUGAGGGCAAGGUAUUUAACACUGAGCACAAGGUACCUGACGCUGAGGACAAGGUUCCUCAAGCUGAGGACAAGGUACCUCGCACUGAGGACAAGGUACCUCACACUGAGGACAAGGCUCCUCACGCUGAGGACAAGGUUGUUCCCGCUGAGGACAAGCUUCCUCACGCUGAGGACAAGGUCCUCACACAGAGGACAAGGUCCCUCAAGGUGAGGACAAGGUUCCUCACGCUGAGGACAAGGUACCUCACCCUGAGGACAAGGUACCUCACACUGAGGACAAGGUUCCUCACGCUGAGGACAAGGUUCCUCAAGCUGAGGACAAGGUUCCUCAAGCUGUGGAUAAGGUACCUCACAUUGAGGACAAGGUUACUCACGCUGAGGACAAGGUACCUCACACAGAGGACAAGGUCCCUCAAGCUGAGAAAAAUGUACCUCACACUGAGAACAAGGUACCUCCCACUGAGGACAGGGUUCCUCACGCCCAGGACAAGGUUCCUGACACUGAGGACAAGGUUCCUCACGCUGAGGAGAAGGUACCUCACACUGAGGACAAGGUACCUAACACUGAGGACAAGGUUCCUCAUGCUGAGGACAAGGUUCAUGACGGCGAGGACAAGGUUCCUCACGCUGAGACAAGGUCCCAACGCUCAGGAAAGGUACCUGACACUGAGAGGACAAAGUUCCUCAAGCUUCAAGAAGGGGUUCACACUGACGACAAGGUACCUCACACUUAGGACAAGGUACCUCACACAGAGGACAAGGUUCCUGAAGCUGAGGACAAAGUACCUCACACUGAGGACAAGGUACCUCACACUGAGGACAAAGUUCCUCACGCUGAAUACAGGGUUCCUCACGCUGAAGACAAGGUUCCUCACGCUGAGAAAAAUGUUCCUAACGCUGAGUACAAGGUACCUCACGCUGAGGACAAGGUAUCUCAAGCUGAGGACAAGGUACCUCUCACUGUGGACAAGGUUCCUCAAGCUGAGGACAAGGUUCCUCACGUAGAGGACGAGGUUCCUCACGCUGAGGACAAGGUUCCUCACGCAGAGGACAAGUUUCCUCACGCAUACAACAAGGUGCCUCACGCUGAGGACAAGGUACCUCACACUGAGGACAAGGUACCUCACACAGAGGACAAAGUUCCUCACGCUGAGGACAAGGUUCCUCACGCAGAGGACGAGGUUCCUCACGCUGAGGACAAGCUUCCUCACGCAGAGGACAAGUUUUCUCACGCAUACAACAAGGUGCCUCACGCUGAGGACAAGGUAACUCACACUUAGGACAAGGUUCCUCACGCUGGGGACAAGGUACCUCACACUGAGGUCAAGGUACCUCACACUGACGACAAGGUUCCUCAUGCUGAGGACAAGGUUCCUCAAGCUGAGGACAAGGUACGUCACACUGAGGACAAGGUUCCUCACGCUGAGGAGAAGGUUUCUCACGCUGAGGACAAGGUAUGUCACAGUGAGGACAAGGUACCUCACACUGAGGACAAGGUUGCUCACGCUGAGGACAAUGUUCCUCACGCUGAGGACAAGGUACAUCUCACUGAGGACAAGGUUCCUCAUGCUGAGACAGGGUUCCUCACGCUGAGGACAUGGCACCUCACACUGAGGACAAUGUUCCUCAAGCUGAAGACAAGGUACCUCACACUGAGGACAAUGUUUCUCCGCUGAGGAGAAGGUUCCUCACGCUGAGGACAGGGUUCCUCACGCUGAAGACAAGGUUCCUCACGCUGAGGACAAGGUUCCUCACGAAGAGGACAAGUUUCCUCACGCAGACGACAAGGUGCCUCACGCUGAGGACAAGGUACCUCACACUGAGGACAAGGUACCUCUCACUGAGGACAAGGUUCCUCAAGCUGAGGACAAGGUACGUCACACUGAGGACAAGGUACCUCAAACUGAGGACAAGGUUCCUCACUCUGAGGGCAAGGUUCCUCACGCUAAGGACAAGGCUGCUAACGCUGAGGACAAGGUUCCUCACGCUGAGGACAAGGUUCCUCACGCUGAGGACAGGGUUCCUACAUGCUGA